AUGGACUUAGAUGUGUGUGUUUUACCCAGGGACUACCUCACUAAUGCGUGGAAGCUGGCGACGAAACCGGGCAUUCCAAGAGUAGCCGCGUCUUCCAAGGCAUCUGCUGGCGGGACCGAAGUCCUUGAUGACUACGUUAUUGCGUAUCAGUUGCCGAACGACAAUUCACCAUAUUUUACCACUAAAAACAUUUUGAAUUUACAACCUGAUGUCAACCUUGAAAUCAAAAUGGAAUUACGUCCGAAUUGUGAGGUUGUGUCUUGUUGGCGCUUGAUUUUUUUUAUUGGUGGUGAGGAUGAAUUUGGCACGCCAACCAACAAGGUAGACUUACUGGCCCUCGAUACUGGAGAUGUUGUUACCUUGCCGUCGAUGUGGGAUAAACUACCGGAUAUGCCAACACCAAGAUUGGACUGUUCGGUGGUGCACGUGCCUGCUGUUGGAGACAUCGUCGUUGGAGGAUGGCAAACACGAAUUCAACGUAAGGUGAACAAUGUCGAAUUGCUUUCACUCAAAGGCGGUGCUGACAAAAAGUACUCGUGGAGAAAGCUAACCCCAAUGUUGGAAUGGCGCCGACGUCCUGGAGUCGCUCACUUUCGUGGCCUAUUGGUUGUCGCCGGGGGCAACGAUGGAGAGCAAAUCACCGUCGAGAGCUUCUCUUUGCCCACCAAUGCCGAAGACAUGGGGCAGUGGACGCAACUUCGUGGACUCUCUCUAAAUAGUAAAUGUCCGGUAUCGUUGGCAGUGUUCAAGAAUAGACUUCUUCUAGUAGGCAAUAGUUACCGCGUGAUGGAGUUUGUACCAAAAUCAAACGAUGGCGAUUUGAAACUGGAUGAAUUUUCGUGGGAGACUAUGCAGCACAUUUAUAACAUGCCUUCUCCGCGUCUCCUACAAAUGCGAGACACUAGCAUCCGUGUGAGGAAGCAAUAG